AGCUGUUACAGUGUCCCGCUUUGGCCAGGGCAUCGUCCGCUGUGCGGGCCUGCAGCAAUGGGGCUGAAUGAGAGCCUGAGGCGGGCGGGGGCGCUGGCUCCGAAUGCAUUACCUGGCAGCUGUAGCCCCAGGAAAGCCAUCCAGGGAGCCAGCUCUCCACAGCUGGCCAGCGUUUGGUGGCUUUGCUGUAUGGGAGGUCUGGAGCCUGGCCUUCCUCCAGUCUGUGAGUGAGGGAGUGGAAAAGGUUUCUGCAUCCUGAGAUGGCAGAUUCCCAUGUCCAGCAUAGCCCCUAUUUUGUAAAACCGGCUUGUACUGCUGAGCCAUUCCCGCGUGCGUUGGCUGCUGUGUUUGCCUACACCAUCCCUGCUGACACCAUCUCUCAUAUUGUUACCUCUUUCAUGAAAGAUGCUGCAGGAAGCCUAGAUUUUUGCUAGUCUAUGUCAGCCAAGGAAUGUUCAAUCCAAAGAAACCUAAUGAAAUGAAUUGUCAAUUACAUCUGUCCUGUCCGCAGAUCUGUUGAGUGGCAGCCGUGAGAAAUACCCGGUGGCCUGGGAUUUUUGACUGCCAUUUGCCUGUCUGUUUUUCAGCUCUUGGGUCAUGCUGCUAGGAACAUGGUGAUGCAAGAAGAUGCCAUCCUGCACUCGGAAGAUGUAAGGAACCUUUAUCUGCUGAAGCACUGGCAUUUCUGAUGAAUAGGCAAUGCCAGAUUUUGAGCCUAAGGAAGAUGGCUAUAAUUACCACUCAUCUCCAGUACCAACAAGAAGCUAUUCAGAAGAACGUCCAGCAGUCGUCCAAUCUGCGGGACCAGCUGAGUCACCUUCUGAAAUGAAGCGGGAGAACUGCGGUGCCCAGCGCACCUCGCCGGAGCUGAUGGGACGGGACCGGCUAACAGGAGCGGCGACGGAGAGGCGGUGCCCAACACCUUGCAUUUUAUGGUUCCAGCAUUCCUCAGACAAGUUUACUUUGCUCACCCCAAAAGUAUGACCAGCAUUUUCACAUGCACCUGCACAUUUUGACAUGUAAACAAUCUCCCCAGCCCCGUUCCGAGAGAGCUGAGCAGUCACUGCUAUCAGCCUGCUCAAGCACAGCAUUUUUGGAAAUCAGUUGCUUAACUAUGGCUUUGGGUACCUCAUUUGGGCCAGAAUUGUAAACCCAGGCGUGUAGGUACAUACAUCAUGUGAUGACUUGCUGGGUCCUUUUCACCUGAGUGUCAUGAAUGUCAUUCGAUUGGUGCUGUUCCUUGUCAUCUGUCCAAUAGGAUGUGUAUUGAAUGAGUGUCAUUAGCACUAUACUGUUCCGUGGUUGCUGUAUAUAAUGUAAAGCAGGGGGUUGGAAUGUUCCAUCUCUUGCCAGUACAUCUGCUGUCUCUUUUGGCCUUGAACUGCAUUCCUCCUAUUUCAUUGCCGUUCUGCCUCUUGAUUAAGCAGCCUUGGCUUCAUUAUGUAAUUCUGCACAGAAUCAGUAAACUAUUCAGCUACACAGCUGUGAGGUACUAGUAGUGUGUGUAAAGGAUGCCAUCAAUGGACCUGCUUCAAUGUAAGUCAGCGGCAAAGCUGCCAUUGACUUUAAUUUGAGCCCCAGACGAACGUGCUGUAGUGUGGUUGCUGGGGUUUUUUGGUUUUUUUUGUAAAUUGCCUCUCUACGUCCCUAAUAACCUCUCCACUUCCUCAUAGGAGAAGCCCUUUAUUCACCAAGUUUGCUUUUCAUCACUUUUUAAAAUUGCAUGCAGCUUGAUCAGUGAGAUUAGAUGACAUCUUUCUAGAGGAUGUUUCUAUAGAGAGAGACAAGGUGGGUGAGGUAAUAUCUUUUAUUGGACCAAUUUCUGUGAGCAAAAGGGGAAAAAAACUUUUGUGUUUACACAGAUGGGGUGCUGUGGAUUUGUAUAGUGGGGUGGUGAGAGCCAGCGACCCAAACUGAACCCUGUAUGGAAUGGAAACCAUUUCAAGCUUCCCGCACACCUACUUCCAGCACCUGGGUAUACAGAGCUUUCCUUUAGGUCAGUUUCUAAAGUCAGUUUCACUUGUGAGUCACCCCCUGUUAGGUUUAGCUUUCCACCUGGUACUGGUACCUGUGCUGGUUUGAUUUUUUUUUUAACUCUCUGAGAAGAUUUAUAUUUCUGUUUAGCUAUUUAAAACUCCUUACUCUUUUAAACCCAAAGCCUAGAAUGAGGGUGGAAUACAGAACAGUGCUAUCGCUGGCUGCUGAGCAGGAUUGGCAGAUCCAACAGCCCAAAUAGGUUAACAGUGCUACAGCCUGUAUUCAGCUGAUCCCUCCGCCCAUGGUGCAUUUGGUUAAUUGGUAAGAAAAGCCCAGAAAGGAACCUGAAAACAGCUGCUUUUCAUGCCACACCAAAUUCAGUUGCACCAGCCGUUGUAGUCUGAUUUGCUCCAGAGUAUCCCCUUGCAUGAUAUCGAGUGAAACACACUUCACCAGUGGAACCAACUCACUGGCUGCUCAGUGAUCCUGUGCAGGAUGCUUACAUAGUCACGAGAGCUUAUUAACCUUCCCUGGGGCCUCUGAUGUGCCAGAGCUCAUUCGGCACACCAGUUAAAACCCCAGUGGCCUAACUGGGAACUGUGCAUGCAGAUCCGAGAGCAGGAUUUAGAUCCAAGUUCCUAGAAGGACUGACAUCCGUGUGUCUGUUUUUCAGUCCAUCUUGACUCAUACUAAAACUGCAACAGCUGCUGCCCUGAAAUUCCAGACUGAGGCAGGCUUGUUAUUGAUGGGGGAGGUCAUAGGCCUUUUCUUCGCCAGUUUCCCUUUGCGGCGUUUCCCCCCAUGUCACCCUGUAGCUCUGUCGUAUCAAGAUGACCAUGUAGCACUGCUUGCUUGGGUGGAUCUGGACCAUUCUAUCUUCCAUAUUUGUGUGACAGUCCGGAUCUAGACACCCCAUGGGGAGAACAGAAAGUUUCUGCAAAACCGGUGCAGUUGUACUAAAUAAUCACACGCUGUAUUAUUGUACUAUAAAAGUGUAGCAAGGAAGGUCUUUUAUGAAAACAGGUCAGCUGGACUCGAUGGUCAUUGUGAGAUAGCUAUGCAGAUUGGUUAUUAAUUUAUAUAUUUGUGUCUAUGGAAAACAGCUUUUGGAGUCAAGAAUCUCCUAAGCCAAUUUACACAAAAUGAAGGCCACGCCUAUAUUUAACAAACUUACAGAAGCGCAACUCCACCAGUACGGCUAGGCGGGUGCAUAAGAGUGCUCGUGUAGCUGCAUUAUGUUAAUGGGAAACAGCUCUCCCCAUCCCCAUAAUAAAACCAGCUCAGUUUUGCUGACAUGAGCGCUAAUGUGGACAUGGCUUGACUUCAGGUACUCUGAAAACAACUGGUGGAUUCUUAAAGUAAAUGGAAAGGCAUUGAGAUAGCCUGGCUAGAAUGUCUUCCAUUCUGGCAAUGAGUCAUGGUGCCAAGAGAGGCCAAAGAAAAAAGUGUGUGGGAGGGGGGGAGGAGAGGGCAGAGAGGGAGACUUGAAACUUGCUUCCAGAAACUGAGGGACAAGCUCUAUAUGCUGGCUCACCUAUAUAGUUAGUGGGUAUGCUGGGAAGCUUCAACGGCAAUAGGUCACUUGAAUGAGAAAAAGGAUUUUAUCCACAAUGAAAGUGUAAAGUCUGAAGUUUCCUUGUCAUGUUUAUUUGCUGUGGAACUUGUACAGGUUUGCUUUGCUUCCCUUACUAUUUCAUCAUUGAGGCUGUGGUUAUUUUAGUAAAUGAACUUUUCAUUUCUA